AAGGAUCCAGAAAAUUCUCGAAGAGUCGCCGCGCUUCCCACACGCUGUAUAAAUAAGACUCGCGUGUGGCGAUCGCUGCAGUAUAAAUCGAGACACGGUAACGUACGUACGCUUUAUGAGUACAUUCAUUAAGUUUACAAGUGUAUUGUCGAGUGUUUUGUGAUACAUUCCCAAGUGUAUUUGAGAAGGGUAGUAAAAAAUGGAAUCGCCCGUAGUAGUGGACAAACCGCCGGAGUACCAUGGGAGCGAUCGAGGAUUCCCGUUUGAGGAGGAGGAGGGCUCGGGCGCGUGGAGCGAGCUAGCGGCGCGGCACCCCGACAUCGCGGCGCGGCUGAGGCAGCGCCCCGCCACUUGGGCUAGGAAGCGCCGCCCCUCCAGCCACGACGCCACUGACGAUUUCGGCGACAGUUUCGGCGGCUUCGACAGAUUCCCCUUCGACGACAUACCCCCAGAGUUCAGAGAGCACUUCCCGUCACAUUGGAACCGCAGGUUCGGUUCCCGCGACGAGCCACAGCACACACAACACACACAGCAGUCGCAGUCACCACCGCAGCAACAGACGACCGCCACACAGACUGAACAGGGCGCCGAGCCCACAGAACAGGAUCAGCAGACCUCCAUUCCACAGUACGGCCUCAGGAACACAGUAGACCUCGGACAGAAGAGCGCGGCCGACCCGAGCCUGGUCGAUGCCGACGAUCGGACACAAAGGUCUAUGUCAGCACCCCCAGAUACUCCCAAUCAGAACAAAAUGAGCGGCCAGAACCAUCAGGAGCAAGCGCACCAACCUCCGCAUGCGGAACAGUCCAAUGUUAGACACAUACCAAUAUUUGUGGAGGGGAGGGACCAGCCCCUGAUUAAUAAAACUGUUGACCAUGGCACUCACUUCGGCGACACGAAGCCCACGUAUGUGCCCCCGCCGCAGCAGCCUCACAUCGAUAGGGAUCAGUAUUUCGCGGAUGACGGCCCUGGCAGCUUCCACCCGCCACCUAACUUCUCGCGGGCUUUCAGCACACCAUUUAACAAAAACUUUAGACAGGGUCCUCAACCAUUCGUACAACAGAAAGUAUAUCCCCAGACAGCUUUUGCUAGGGGUGCUUCGCCGCAGCGAUCUCAAUCACCAAAGCCUCAAAUGCACCCCGAAGAGCAUUACAUAAAGGUGCCAGUGCAUCAUGAUCAGCCUGCUCAAAAGACUGAGCCUCCGUCCAGAGCGCAGAAAUCACCACAGCAACAUCAACAACCACCGCCACACCAGCAACAGCAGCAACAUGCGCAACAUCACCCGCAACAACAUCCGCAACAACAUGCGCAACACCAUCCGCAGCAACACCACCCACAACAACACGCACCUCCCCAACAACCUCCACAGCGGGAACAAACUCCGCCACAAACCAAACCACAAGCACCGUCCUCGAAUGACCCAAUCACGCUGAUUCUCAGUAUUCAAACCGAUGUAUUAAAUCUCAUGACCGAAGUGGAAAACUUCACCGGUUCCAAAAAAGACAAGAAAUAUUUAUUUUUGGACGAGAUGCUCACAAGAAAUCUCAUCAAAUUAGAUAAUAUUGAAACAGACGGCAAAGAAAAUAUUCGACAGGCGCGCAAAGAGGCAAUAAAAUGUAUCCAAAAAUGUAUUGCGGUCUUAGAAGCCAAAGCAGAUAGCCAAAACGCUGCGCCGGCACAGGGGCAAGCGCAGGCCCAACCGGAACCAGAACCCCAACCUCAAGAACAGCCUCUAACCCAAGACGUGGAAAUGAAAGAAAACGUGGAUAAAUUAUCUGAACAGCCCGCGGCACCCGAACCAGUGACUGAAAACGGUGAAGUAGAAAUGAAAGAAACCACCAAAGAAGAAAAAGCGCCUGAGGUUGAGGUUCAAUCAGAGAAAGAGAAGACCCCAGCGCCUGCUAUGCCUGCACACGAGGAAAAGAAAGAAGAGCCGAAGCCACAAGAUGAUAAGGCGGAGGCAGCACAACCUAGCGACAAAGAAGCUGCACCUGCAGAAAACAAAGAAGUGUCACAACCCCAAGCGGCUGACACACGACCCGACGAGAGCAAACCUCCGGAGGAGAACACUGAAUCGAAAUUAGAAGAACAGAAACCAGACGAGAAAGAUAAAAAAGCCAGUCCCAAAAAAGUAAAAGGAAAGAAGAGAGACAAGAGUAAAGAUAAGGCAAGUGCCCCUAAGGAUAGUAAUAAGGAAGAAAACGUAGAACAAACUGAUAAGAAACCAGAGGAACAAAAGGAGGACAAAGUGGAAGCGAUGCAAGUGGACGACAAAGGUGAUAAGAGGGAUUCGCAAGUGAUGGAAGUCGACGCUGGUGCUAGUCAAUAAUCAUAGUUUGCCUUAGUGAAAUGUCAUGUAGAUACACAGCAUAAUUCGCCGCACGUGGCCUGAGAUAUCUGCCUUACUUCAUCGUGUUAAUUCUUUGUGCUAAAUAACACUGGUGUUGACAAUGUUUAUGUUUGUACAUUUUACGUUUUUAAUAUUAAACAUAUGUGUAAAGAGAUUGUUGUCGUAUAGGGUUUGAAAUUAUCCGCGCGGAUCCUAAUAUUUAAUUUAAUUUAUUGUUUAUCAUUUACUUGAUAACACAAUUUUGUCAAUAAAUAAUAAAUUAUGUA